GCUGUGUGUCUCGACUCUCUAAAGUGGAUUUCUUCUUUUGUAGCGCCCAGAAAUCCUGAGGGGCCGAGAAAAAGCAUAUGAUCACGACCUCGACUGCAUGGCCACGCUGCUCUCUGUGCGUAUAGUGUUCAUCAUGCAGCGUCAGCGUCUUCCAGGUUUCUCAAAAGAGACCCUUCUUUGAACCGGACAAAUUCUACAUGAUCACUUAAUAGGGGAGGGGACAGAAAAGGGCAGAUGAGCUCACUUCUCACCGGGCUCUUCCGAUUGCCGGCCAGCAUCUCCUCGGCCAUGGCAAGGGUACCGGCGCACACGGCACCCACGGCACCACCACCACCACCACCACCAUUCUGGUUGCUAAAGAUCCAGAAUUGCCAUGGCGAUAUGCUUAAGUGGUGGACUCGAGAGUUGGCCCGGCGCACGGCACUUCCCCCAGGGUGGGAAGCACUGACGUUGCGACCAGAAAGUUCAUUAGUCUCCUGUGUAAGUAGUCGAACUGCUCAUGAAAGAUUUCCGCGCGCGGAACCCGAGCAAGAAAUGGCACCAAGGUGACUGGGAUACUAGCUGUACGAUUUUACCUAGUGUGCCGCCAGUGUACUUCUUUGGUGUGUGUCGUGUCUGUCUGUAAGGCCCUAGUAGAGUGUGUAUGAGUGUCAAACCGUGCUCAUGUCUUGUAAUUGUUGCACAGCAGGUGACAAAUGAUUCUGUCAAUAUUGGGAUUCUAGACGCCGCAAACUUUCCAGGCCGUUACUGCGUUUGUCUUGGGAACUUGGGAUGACUGCGAUCCACGAUCGUCCGGAGGAACGACGACUGGAUAGUAUCUGCAUCCCCGCGCUGUUUACCAGUUUGGCAUGUUUGUUGGGUAAUGCAGUUUCUUCCGUUCGAUAGUCCUCCUCUAGUUACUCUUCCUCUACGAGCUGUUCCCCCUAGAGGUUGCCAGCUUGCAUUGAAUGCUUG